AUGCCUCGUCAUGUUGGGGUAGUUGAUCCUCCGCCGGGAGUCAUAGCCGACUUCGAUUACUCGAAUCCAUGGCUUUACAAGGUCAACAUGACCCUGAUCGGCGUCGGAUUGGUCUUAAGCUUUUUAUUGCUCGUCCUUCGGAUAUAUACCAAAACGAAAAUAUUGCGCAAGUUCGGAUGGGAAGAUGCAUUUAUUGUGCUCGCCUGGCGAUUCUCAUCAGAUGGAUACCUAUAUAGCGGUGUUGGGGUUCAUAUGUGGAAUGUCACCGAGGAGAUGUUUGCGACAUACCAGAAGGUCAUCCUCGCUGCCGCCGUCGUAUACGUCCCCGCGCUCGCCUUUGCGAAAAUGAGUCUCAUCUUCCUCUACCGUCGAAUCAUGGAAAAGCAGGAGGCUUACAACUGGGCACUGAACAUUAUAUCUGCUAUCGUAUGUGGUUACAGCCUUGCCCUUGUAUUUGCAUUGAUCUUCGCAUGCAAUCCCAUUGCGAUGAGCUGGGAUUUGAGCAUCACAGAGGGGACUUGCAUCAGUCGCCAAGGGUUGUAUAUCGCAACGGCCGUGACAAACAUCGUCACCGAUUUAGCAUUGAUCUUACUCCCAAUCCCUCUGGUUGUUGGACUUCAGAUGCCAGGAAUCCAAAAGUGCUAUCUGAUCGUCGUCUUCGGUGUUGGUUGCGCAACCGUCGUGACCAGCAUACUCCGUCUAGCAACAUUAGUUCCCUUCCUUACUGCCUCGGAUGUCACCUACGAGUUGGCCUGGCCACAGCUCUGGAUUAACGUGGAAGCAAAUCUUAUCAUUAUCUGUCCUUGUCUGCCGUCACUACGGCAAUUUUUGAGACAUCACGCCCCAGGAUGGUUAGGCGAGGCAGGCAGCAAUGCACGUCGCUACUUCACGCAUUCGGGCAGUGCUUCUCGCAACCGAUUCAAGUCAUCGGGGUCUCGUCAACCGGAUGAGAUCGCACUCACAGAAAACGGCGGCAGUCUCGAUAGCCGCUCCCGUAUUGUCAAAGAAGUCGCAUGGAAUGUGACGGAGGAGCGGUUGGAUGAAGACUCCGAUGGUCAUGUCAAGGGAAAGCCUGCCAAUUCCUUUGGAUAUCAAUCUUGA